UGGGCACUGACUGGCGGCACUGACUGGCACAACCGCUGGGCACUGACUGGCACAGGUGGGUGGCACUGGUGGGCACAGGUGGGUGGCACUGGUGGGCACAGGUGUGUGGGCACAGGUGGGUGGCACUGCUGGGCACAGGUGGGCGGAACUUGUGGGUGGCACUGCUGGGCACCGAUCAUCAGGGCACUGAUCAUCAGUGCCCUGAUGAUCGGUGCCGAUCCCCGCUCUGACAACUGCCGGUUCUCGGCAGUACUUUCCUCACGAUCUGACAGCGUGAGGAAAGUGCAGCCGAGAACCGGCACUUGC